GAGAGGAGACUACCUAGAUACGAGGUAACGAACGGAGGAACGUUGGGUUUCUCACGCUCAAGCUCGUCAACAUCGUACUUGAACCGGCGACGCCAUCGAAACACUUCAACCCGGAGUCGCCUGUGAGCAUAACCCCUAAAGCCGGUGACAACCUUAUCAUCAACCAAGUAUGGCACGCGGCAACGGUCGGCGGGCGGGGAAACCGACGACAGAAAUCGACUAUAGCGCGCUCGAGGACCAAGACUACCGCCAUGGGGGGUCAGGUCAUGAGUCUCAAGCCAGCCCUGUCAAGUGCACGAAUGGUAUCGAGCUUUCCGACUUCGUCCGGAACUGGAAAGGGUUGAAGUAUUUCGUCUUCGCCUUCCUCGGGAUGGGCCUUGCGGGGGCCGCCUUCUUCCUCGCCGUUGCUGUCGCCGUCAUCGUCCGGUCCGUAACAACCGACAACACCGGCUUCGACCCAGGCCACCCCGACUUCGCCCUGUACAAGAACAGCCGCUUCAAGGAGUGCUAUAACCUGGUACCCGACACUCAAAACUGCACCGCCAUCCGGGCCGGUCUCCGCGCGCACUCGACCCGCCUUUCGAACGAGUUCGGCUACGUCGACAACACGGCGGGCUGGGCCGUCUACGGCUCGGCGGAACGACGUGAGAACCCGCCCAUCUACGACUGGUGCCAGAUCGUGAGCUGCUUCAACGGCUUCAAGAUCAUCCCGUCCGAAGCACGCCCGUCGGCCACCAUCCUGCCCGACAUCGUCUGCUGGUGGAUCGUCAUGGCCACUUGCGCCAGCGCCCUGUAUCACACCGGAAAGCAGCUCUGGGCCGCGUACCAGUCCAAGGACAAACCCUGCGAGGGACGGCGCGAGAUAUCGUGGCUCGACUGGAUCCUCAUCGCCUACGACAUCGGCGGGCCCAUCCUGUUCUGGUGGGUUUCCUUCGGCCUGUUCGCGGCCGACCCGGCCCAGUCCGCCACCAUCGCCCUCACGGCCUGGGUGGCGGCGUGGAAGCUCGGGUCCGUCACCAAGUACCACCCUUACUCGUGCGCGCUCCAGUACCACCCCCGGGCUAGGGUCUGGAUCCCCCGCCUCCUGAACCUCAUGGCCCUCCUCCAGUGGGCCGGCGGCGUGUACAUCAUGGUCGUCUACCUCGGCGACCUCAGCAGCAAGGGCUCGACUCUGACAAGCUACGACUGCCUCGCGUCCGGGGUGGCCGCCGCGCCGGGGUCCACCUCGUGCUCGGCCGCCGACCUCUGCUCCAAGACCCCGCUCUUCAGGAACCUCGACUUGCGAUACGGAGACACCUCCCAAAUCGGCGGCCGGUACACCUUACUAGCCUUUUUCUGGACCUGGACCCUGAUGGCCAUCACGCCCUUUAUCUUCCUCCUCAUCGGGUGGCUGGGCAGCAAACUGGUCGGCGACUCGUCCGAGAAGAUGAAGGAGGACGCCCGCUAUAUAUGGCGCGUCGUCAACCUGGGCCCGCACUUCUACAUCGCCUUUACCACGCUCAUCUGCGUCGGCUUCAGCGUGGCCUAUGCCGUCCACAUGCUGCAGACGUGGGACAGUACCCGCAACCGGGAGGCGCCGUUUACGUUCCACUAUGAGUGCAAUGCCCUGCAUGUGGAGCUGAGUCCGUGGAGGAACUUUUUGGAUUUGAGCGAGUAUUCGAGAGCUUACCGGAUCGUGAAGAUGGCGUUUGUGGCUUAACGUUGAUACGACUGGCCCAUGGGCAGGAUAGUUGAACAUGUUUGCAUGUGUUGGGUUAUUUGGGUAGCGGGAAAAUGGGUGGCGUUGUCGUCUACGAUGAGUGCUUGGGCCUUCACUGAGUUGAACGAGUAGGCGGUGCAAGUAAUCAUAAACCUUAUUGCUCAGCGAGAGUUAGCGUAAUGGCAUUAAGAAAUCGGAAGUCAUAGCCAGGUCUACAACCGUUUGCUGGUGCU